CGAGCAAGCGAGCGAGCGACUGACUGGACUUGGCCCUUUGGCCCUCGACGGGGAGACCCCAUCUCGGCGGCUCCCCGGGUUGCCCGCGGGCAGGUCUUGGCGCCGAGGGCGGCUCUCGCGAUGCGCUGCCUGCCGCUGCUCGGCUUCUUCGCCUGGGGCUUCGCGAGCUUGCCUGGGCCCAGCCGAGGAGCUUCCCCUCCUCCCUGCCCGCUUUCCUGCAGCUGCGAUGGGGACGGCGGGGUGGACUGCUCCGGGAAAGGGCUCGCCGCCGUGCCCGAGAGGCUCAGCGCCUUCACCCACACCUUGGAUAUCAGUAUGAACAAUAUAACAAGGUUACCAGAAGAUGCAUUCAAGAAUUUUCCUUACCUUGAAGAGUUACGGCUGGCUGGCAAUGACCUCGCUUUUAUUCAUCCGAAGGCCUUGUCUGGGUUGAAGGAGCUCAAAGUUCUCACUCUGCAGAACAAUCAGUUGAAAACCGUUCCCAAUGAGGCCAUCAGGGGACUCAGCGGACUACAGUCCUUGCGCUUAGAUGCUAACCACAUUACUGCUGUCCCAGAAGACAGUUUUGAGGGCCUCGUUCAACUGCGACACCUGUGGCUGGAUGAUAACAGUUUGACUGAAGUCCCUGUUGUUCCUCUCAGCAAUCUUCCAUCCCUGCAGGCCUUAACCUUGGCUCUCAACAAAAUAACCAGCAUCCCUGAUUUUGCUUUUACAAAUCUCUCAAGCCUCGUUGUCCUGCAUCUCCAUAACAAUAAAAUAAAAACACUGGGACAUCAUUGUUUUGAUGGAUUAAACAACCUAGAAACCUUAGACUUGAAUUAUAACAACAUGGCAGAGUUCCCUGAAGCAGUAAAAGCACUUCCAAGCCUAAAAGAGCUGGGAUUUCACAGUAAUUACAUUUCCGUGAUCCCUGACAAUGCCUUUGUAGGAAACCCACUUCUUCGUACUAUACAUCUGUUUGAUAACCCAUUAUCCUUUGUUGGGAACUCAGCUUUUCAAAACUUGUCAGAUUUGCAUUCCCUGGUCAUUCGUGGCGCCAGCAUGGUACAGUGGUUUCCUAACUUAACAGGAACCACCAAUCUGGAAAGCCUGACUUUUACAGGCACCAAAAUAAGCAGCAUCCCCAUUGAUCUAUGCCAAGAACAAAAACUGCUUCGGACUUUGGAUUUAUCUUAUAACAACAUAAAACAACUUCCAAGUUUUAAAGGUUGCAGUUCCCUGGAAGAAAUAUCUUUGCAGCAUAAUCAAAUUGAAGAAAUCAAAGACGAUAUAUUCCAGGGGCUGACUUCUCUACGUACCCUUGAUCUCAGCAGAAAUUUGAUCCACCGAAUUGACAAGGAAGCAUUUACUAUGCUGGGUGCUAUUACCAACCUAGAUUUAAGUUUCAAUGCAUUGACUUCAUUUCCAACUGGAGGCCUGGCUGGGUUAAACCAGCUUAAACUUGUAGGCAAUACAGAACUGAAAGAAGCUUUGGUGGCAAAGGACUUUGUAAAACUCAGAUCUCUUUCUGUUCCAUAUGCUUACCAAUGCUGUGCUUUCUGGGGCUGUGACUCUUAUUUAAAUGCUAACACAGAAGAUUCCAGUCACCAAGAUUCAGUUGCACAUGAGCGAGGUGCACCAGAAGCAGAUUACUUAAGCAGCAAUAAGAAUGAGGAACUUGGUCAGACAAUAAUUCACUGUACCCCCACAACAGGUGCUUUCAAGCCCUGUGAAUACUUACUAGGAAGCUGGAUGAUCCGUCUUACAGUCUGGUUUAUUUUUUUGGUUGCCUUGUUCUUCAACAUGCUUGUCAUGUUAACUAUAUUUGCUCCUUGUACUUCACUGCCUUCCUCCAAACUAUUCAUAGGCUUGAUUUCUGUCUCUAACUUAUUUAUGGGGGUCUACACUGGCAUAUUAACUUUCCUGGAUGCAGUUUCUUGGGGAAGGUUUGCUGAAUUUGGUAUCUGGUGGGAAACUGGCAGUGGCUGUAAAGUUGCUGGGUUUCUGGCCAUUUUCUCUUCAGAAAGUGCCAUUUUUUUCCUGAUGCUAGCAGCCAUUGAGCGGAGCUUAUCUGCAAAGGAAAUAAUUAAAAAGGGUAAAAGCAAUAAUCAGAAACAAUUUCGAAUUGCAGCUAUUUUUGCUUUCCUGUGUGCACUUGUAGCAGGAUGCUUACCACUUUUCCAUAAGGGAGAGUAUUCUGCAUCACCUCUCUGCCUGCCCUUUCCCACUGGAGAAACUCCUUCCCUAGGGUUCACGGUUACAUUAGUGCUCCUAAACUCAUUAGCCUUUUUGCUCAUGGCUAUUAUUUAUAUCAAACUCUACUGCAACUUGGAAAAGGAGGACCUCUCUGAGAACUCACAGGCUAGCAUGAUUAAACAUGUUGCUUGGCUAAUCUUCACCAACUGCAUCUUUUUUUGCCCAGUUGCAUUUUUCUCCUUUGCUCCGCUCAUCACUGCAAUUUCUAUUAGCCCUGAAAUCAUGAAGUCUGUCACUCUAAUAUUUUUCCCAUUACCUGCUUGUUUGAAUCCAGUUUUGUACAUCUUCUUCAAUCCCAAAUUUAAAGAAGAUUGGAAAUUAUUGAGAUGGCACAUCACCAAGAAAAGUGGGACUGGAACAGUUGCUGUCAAUACUCAAGGUGGCUGUGGGGCGCAGGAUUUUUACUAUGACUGUGGCAUGUACACACAUCUGCAGGGCAACCUUACCAUGUGUGAAUGUUGUGAAUCACUACUUAUAUCAAAGCCUGUGCCAUGUAAACACUUAAUAAAAUCCCACAGUUGUCCAGCUCUGACAGUAGUGCCUUGCCAAAGGCCAGAUGGCUAUUGGUCAGAUUGUGGUACCCAGUCUGCUCAUUCUGAUUACGCUGAUGAAGAGGACUCUUUUGUGUCUGACAGUUCAGAUCAAGUACAGGCCUGUGGACGUGCCUGUUUUUAUCAAAGCAGAGGUUUCCCAUUGGUUCGUUACGCCUACAACAUCCCAAGGAUUAAAGACUGAAAGACUUUACUGCAAAGCAUGCGAUUAAAGAGGAGGAAG